AUGAACCCUCAGGCGGUGGAAUCUCCCUUGUCACAGUCGGCGACAUUCCUCGUUCUCUCGGCAACAGACAACCCGGAUGCCAACAAAACAAUCCGAUCAACAUUGUCUAGCAUUGCAGACAUUACCAAGAACAUCUCAAUUCGCCACCAAACCGCUAAUCUCUCAUGUACUGUUGGCAUUGGAAGUUCGGCAUGGGACCGAUUGACCAAACUCCCUCGGCCUAACGAGCUACACCCUUUCAAAGAGUUCAAGGGAGCAAAGCAUACUGCUGUGUCGACGCCAGGUGAUAUAUUCUUUCAUAUUCGCUCUGAGAGAAGAGACAUGGCAUUUGAAUUUGAGAGACAACUCAUGGAUAGACUGGGUGAUGCUGUCAAGCUUGAAGACGACACCGUCGGUUUUAGGUAUUUUGACACGCGCGAUGUUCUUGGAUUCGUCGAUGGGACUGCCAAUCCAGUCGGCCCCGAUGUCAAAGACACGGUGCUUAUCACUGCACAAGAUGACUCGGCUGCUGUAGGAGGCAGUUAUGUCGUGGUACAGAAAUAUCUUCACGAUCUCAAAGCAUGGAAGACUCUCAAGACAGAACAGCAAGAAGACAUCAUUGGGCGCACGAAGCUGGAUAAUAUCGAGCUUGACGAUGCGGAAGAAGGGCAACAGCAGUCCCAUAAGAGUCUUGCUACGAUUGAAGACGAGGGAGGAAGUGAGCAUGACAUUCUACGAGAUAACAUGCCCUUCGGUUCUCCAGCUCAGGGUGAGUUUGGCACAUAUUUUAUCGGGUACUCAAAGAAGCUUUGGGUCAUCGAGAAGAUGCUGGAGCGCAUGUUUGUCGGUGUUCCGCCUGGGAUGCAUGAUCGGAUUCUCAACUAUUCCAAGGCAGUUACAGGCUCGACAUUUUUUGUACCAUCGGCUGAUUUCCUUGCCGAACUUGAUGAUGAUUGA